UCUGAUUUAUGAUUCAUGAAAAGCCAGCCUAAUCUGUCUGACAUCCUGCUGUCUGGCCACGAUGUCUGCGGGUAGCUUGGACCUUGCAGAGGGAAAUGCCCUGACCAAGUUACAGCCUACAAAAGUGAACACUUUGAGUCUGAUGGACAAAAAACUGAAUCUCUUGAAUGAAAAGAUGGACAAACUGUUGCAUUUCCAAGAAGAUCUGACAGGCAAACUGCAGCGAGUUAACAAAGGCAUUGAUGAUGUAGAAAAAGGCAUUAACAAGCUGACAGUGUCCCGAGCAGCUCCUGAUGAGACAGAUGCAAUGAAAAAAGGCCUAAAGGUAUCGGACUGUACUCACCAGACUGAUGGCCAGAGCAUAUGCUCAGAAGUGUUGAAGUUGAUGAAAGCUGCCCAGCUGGAUGCUUCAAAGCAUAAGGAGAGGCUGGCAAAGAUAGAGAAAAGGGUUGAUACACUGGAUAAAGUUACUACAUUUGUGGGAGAAGUAUUAAAAAAUUCUAAAGUAGUGGAUUUUAUUCUUAAAGGCAUUGUGCCCUGGAAGAAGGGGAAUCUGCUGGAAAUCCUUGUUGAGGCCAAAGAUAAGCCUGAGGAGAGUGGUGCAAAACCUAAGCAUGUGCUUAGUAACAGAGGAACCCAAACUGAAAGCAAGAAGACUUUGGAAGAGGCAAAAAGUGGGAAAAAGCUGGAUGAAAACAAGGGAGCAUGUGAGAAGGUGAACGCUUCUAGUGCUGCAGCCCACAAAGCUGACUCCAAACCCCAAGUUAAGGAGAGGACGGCGCAGCAACAAGCAGCAGAAGGUGCUGGCAAAACAGAAAGCUCUAAGAGCUGUCAACAGCUAAAGGACAUUGGAGUCAAAGCUUUGGAUCAACACAACGGUCUUCCCUUCGUAAAUCAAGACCAUGUAAGCAACCAGAAUGUUCCUGGUAAAGCACACGAUACGGACAGAGCCCCACGCCUCGAUGAGUGCCACAAGCAGCUCGUUAAUCAGAAACUCAGAGAGAAUGAAAACAAACCUCCCCUGCCCAGCGCGGCAUCCCGGGACGCUGUGCCCUCCACAUCAUGGGCUAUAUCUCACACAGGGUGUGAAGUGACACGUAGCAGGGUAUCCAUUGAUAUACAUAUGACUGAAAUGAAAGAAAAUACUGAGAAGACCAAGGAAGGAGGCUCAAAUGAUCAGAGAGGUAAAAGUCCCAAAGUAAAAUCCCCAGCCUCUGCACCAGCAGAAGUGGAAGGAGUUUCACAGCUGCCUGACAGAUUAAAAGUUCAAGAGAGUCCUAAAAACAUCAGCCCUGAGCCAAAUCAAGAAGUGAAAGAGGACAAUAAGCAAAAUGAACUUGCACCUCAAGCAGGGAAGCAACAGUCAUUACUGAACAAGCCCAAACCAGGUAAAAAGGCUGAAGAGAAAACAGAAUUAAAAUGCAAGCCUGUAACCACAGAGAAUUCCCCUGCAAAGGAGCCCACAAAAGAUCUCAGAGAAGAAGUGAAAAUCCAUCAAAAAACAGAAAAAGCAGCAGAAUCCCUCAUGGGUACCAAUUCUGAGAGGAGCGAAUAUGAGUCUGCAUCUUCAGGGGGAAGUGAAAAUGAUACCUGUCAGAGUACAGGAAUGGCAUCAGAGAAGAGUAAGCCAUGGGAAGCUAGCAAAGAGCUGCCCACACAGGAUGAAAUGAUUCUUGAUGACAGCCCUUCUCCUCCGGCUCCUUUCGAGCAUCGCAUGGUGAGUGUCAAGCAAACAGAGGUGGCAACGUGCUACGCGGUGUGUCGUCAUGAAGUGCUGGGGGGGGGACGUUUUGGGCAAGUUCAUAAGUGCACGGAAAUAUCAACUGGUCUCAACCUGGCAGCCAAAAUCAUAAAAGUGAAAGGAGCAAAAGAGAAGGAGGAAGUAAAAAAUGAAAUUAACAUCAUGAAUCAAUUAAAUCAUGUGAAUCUGAUCCAGCUUUAUGAUGCUUAUGAAACAAAAAAUAAUAUCACUCUGAUCAUGGAAUACCUUGAUGGUGGUGAAUUAUUUGACCGGAUUACAGAUGAAAACUACAGUCUAACCGAGUUGGAUGCCAUCCUGUUUACCAAGCAGAUUUGUGAAGGAGUCCACUACUUGCACCAGCAUUAUAUUCUCCAUUUAGAUCUGAAGCCUGAAAACAUAUUAUGUGUAAAUCAUACGGGACACCAGAUUAAAAUUAUUGACUUUGGAUUAGCAAGGAGGUACAAACCUCGUGAGAAACUGAAGGUUAAUUUUGGAACUCCAGAGUUCUUGGCUCCUGAAGUGGUGAAUUAUGACUUUGUUUCCUACCCAACAGACAUGUGGAGUGUAGGCGUCAUCACAUACAUGUUACUUAGUGGCUUGUCUCCAUUCCUGGGAGAAACUGAUGCAGAAACAAUGAAUUAUGUGGUCAACUGCAGCUGGGAUUUUGAUGCAGAAGCAUUUGAACAGCUGUCAGAGGAAGCUAAAGACUUUAUUUCCAGACUACUUGUGAAGGAGAAAAGCUGCCGGAUGAGCGCAACGCAGUGUCUGAAGCACGAGUGGUUAAAUGACCUACCUGGCAAAGCCAAGAAGUCCAAGCUUCGCCUGAAGUCCCAGUUGCUGCUGCAGAGUUACAUGGCUCACAGAAAAUGGAAGAAACAUUUUUAUGUGGUGGCUGCUGCUAACAGGCUGAAGAGGUUUCAGAGUAUGUCUGUCAAGCUUGCGUGAGCUUGUAUGAGGCAUCUUACCGGCUCUUGGAGGUGGAUGUGAAGCCAUAAAAAGGACUCAGGAUCUUCAAUAAUUUCUACGCCUUUAUUUUUUAACAUAGGUGUUUGGGUCUGUCCUCCAAAUAUUGUGUUAGUGUUAAGGUUCCAGAAGUGCCUCAUGGCAGAGGCACUGCAAUAAUUUCUAAAAGCAGAAGCUACUUUGUUUGUUUUUAUGAUUUUUUUAGUUGUUGUACAUAGUGACGGAAACACGUGGCUGUUCCUGGGACUGACUUCUUGCUGAAGGCUUUGAAUCUGCAGAGUAUAUUGUUGUGUUUACACCAGAAAACACCUUGUCAGUUUUCUGGUAUCUCACACCAGCAUGGGAUCUGUAAAGACUUUGUUAAUGAUUGAUGUGUGUCAACAGCUUUAGAGCACUGCCACAGCAGUGGCACAUUUUUUCCCUCAGGUGUCUGUUAGUUAGAACAAAAUAUUGCAUAUUGUGUUCUUCUAUAAUUUUUCAGAAAAUAUUAAUUUUUUCCCCCAGAACACAACAAUGAUCCAGUGCAGCUGCUCGGCUGAAUGAUUUUGGUUUGUUGGGUUUUUUAAUUCUAGACUCUUCUAAAAAACAGUCGUGAGGAAUCCUGGUUUGAAGCCUCUAAAGUUAGUUGGUCCAUUGUUGGGUUUUUUAUUAUGAGGAGUUGAACUGAACUGGAUUGAUUGAACUUUUGGAAGGAGACAGGUGAAACUGCCACAAAUAAAAGUUGCCUAAUGACUGGUAUAUGCAAAAAGAUCUCAUGUUGUCCAGGAAAGAUUUCCAGACAUUGUUGUAUACGGAUUUAAAUUGUGUAAGUGCUUCUCAUUGGCUGUGACUGCAGCUGUUAAUCUUGUAAGUUUUAGUUCAAGGAUUUUUUUUUCUCCUCUGACAGUUUUAAUGAAGUCUGAGAAGUUGAUAAGGGGUGAUAUGCAAAAUAGGUUUUAUUGCUGUUCAUUAGGAGAGAAUGGGUGCGUUGCCAGACUCUGCUUUAGCCCAGUUAGGAGGUUGAAGCCCGUUUUCACCCCCACUUUGCUCUUGAACAUUAAAUGCUUUCUUUACAAUACUAACUUAGUUUGGAUUUUAAAGCUUUUCCUGAUGUAUAAACAAUUGGAGAUACUUACAGCCUCUCAGCUAAAAUUAUAAUGUUAUUUAUUAAACUUGUGGUUUCCUUCAUUCCUAUUCUACAUUCUGCAAAACUCUGUGAGCUGGAUGGGCUCUUAGGAAAAACAGAAACUACUACUACUAAAACUAGCUUUUCAGCAAAGACAUCAAACCACUGAAAAGUUCCAUUUAACUUCGUAGACUUUCAUGUCCUUUGAAUUAGCAAAACUGUUGGUUGCUAAUAAAGAGUCUUCAUCAGUAAGACUGGCUUAUGCUUGUCUAGUUACCUUUUCCACUCUAGUGCCUCUUCACUGGGCAUAGUCCUGAAUUCUGGACUUCUGCAGCAUUUCCAAAAUUGAGGCAGAGAAUUAAUAAAAUCAGGAACAAUAAUCUUGACAGUGUAUCACCUUCUGUGAAGGCCUGCUUUUGUUCUUCUUUUCCUUCCACAGUGGUUCUGCAUGCGAAAUGUGAUUAUAUCAGUUGGUAUGUAUAUUUCUGAAUUAAUACUAAUAAAUCUCAUUGAAGUGGAACAA